AAGAAGCUCCAGUAGCGCUCUCUGGCGGCUUGAAGUCAUUAAUUUAUAUUCGGAAUUGUUUUCUGUCACCCAGUUCUUUCGCGUAGAAAAACGUCACUUUCAAAAUGACGGAAGGAACCGCUACAAUUCGUACCAGAAAAUUCAUGACCAACAGGUUGUUGUGUCGAAAGCAAAUGGUUGUGGAUGUUUUACAUCCAGGUCAGCCCUCCGUUAAAAAAACGGAUAUUAGAGAAAAACUAGCCAAAAUGUACAAGGUGACUCCUGAUGUUAUCUUUGUUUUUGGAUUCCGCACCAACUUUGGAGGCGGUAAAUCCACAGGGUUUGGUCUGAUUUAUGAUACAUUAGACUUUGCCAAGAAAUUUGAACCCAAGCACAGGUUACAAAGGCACGGGCUUUAUGAAAAAGUCAAACAGACCCGAAAACAGCGUAAGGAAAAGAAGAACAGGAUGAAGAAAGUGCGAGGCACAAAGAAGACCAAGGUCGGAGCUGCUGCCAAGAAGGGAGGAAAAUAGAGUACUCAUAAGUAAUUGGUUACCUAAAUGCUGGCACUACUGUUUUUCUCUCAUUUGUCUGGACCUUACCAUCAUCUGGACCAUCAAAUCAGUAGUAUCUAAGUGCUAUUGGAGUUCAAAUGUAAUUUUUGGAAUAAGGAGUGUCGGUUUUUAAGUAAUAUAUUUUAAGGUAUA